AUGGAGAAUUUGGAAGGAAAAAGAAAAAAAAUGACAAACGCGCUGAUGUCAAAAUUUCACAAACACCUUUGGUUCAUUACUACACGAAAAAAAAAAAAAGAAGAAAAGUUUCGCGUCUCAGUUUUUGUAAACAAAUCCUAUUUAUAUGAAAUAGCUUCCCAUAGUAUUUUAUUCAUCUUUCAUAUUGCUUUCUUUCUUUCGUUACAAUUGGAUUCAUUAAUUCAUUCACUUCGUUAUUAUUACAUACAUUCUUUAAUACCAACAAUGAUUCCAGACUCAAUCAUAUCAAAACAAGGACCUUUAGGGCACGUCUGGUUAGCGGCAAACUAUGACAAAAAGUUAACAAAACAACAAUUGAUGAACACAAGUAUUGUCAAAUCAACAGAAUAUAUAACCAAUCAUCCUAUAAUUACAAAUGCAUCUGUUUCCCAAGAACUGUUAAGUCAAACAGAAUCAACUGAAACAAUAACGCUCCGAUUAUCUGGCCAGCUUUUAUUGGGGAUUGUGAGAAUAUAUUCUAGAAAAACCAAAUACUUAUUGGACGACGUUAAUGAUAUAUUAUACAAAUUAAAAGCUUCUUUCAAAUUAUCAAGUGGUGUCAACUUGGGAUCCGACAAUAUUUCCAACCAAGUCAAUUUACCUCCUCAACAAACAAUUUUGCAUAAUUUGAAUAGUAUUAUAUUGAAGGACCAAGUUACUUCGGCAAAUUUGUUACAACAAGAGGAUCUUGAUUUAUCCGACAUACACGGUAACCUGACAGGAUCAAGUUUAGGUGGUGCUCUAAAUCAUAGUACUUAUCAGAGUGCUUACGAUUAUUCAGACUAUGAUAACUCUCUUGAAUUUCCCAGAUACGAGGAAGAGACUGCUGCACCUGGCCAUGCCGAAGACUUUGAACUAGACUUUGAUUUAAACCUGGACGAUGAUAACUCAAUAGAGUACGGCCGUGAUGCCUCUAUAUCCAUCAACGACAGAGAAAUAUCCAUAAUCUCUGACGGAAACAAAGAAAGAACCACAGGGAACAUAUUUGAUCUAGAUUUUGGACAACCACUAGACGGUUUGAACGAUGAAGAGGUUGGAAAUGAAAAUGACAGACAAUUAUCUACAAACCCAGAACAGCAAGAAAUGUCAACUGAGUCAGACCCACAGCCACGUCGUGUGAGACAGAAAAGAACCAGAAUAACCGAGGAUGGUCAAAUUAUUACUAAUAACAGAAAGCUUGUUGUUGAUUCCCAAGAAGCAAUGGAAGGUUUGGCUAUUCAGCAAUUGAAAGAAAACCAGGAAAAUAUAUUACAGGGGAAAGAUUCGGCUCAGUAUAUCAGCUUAAACUUAUCAGACUUUGAAAAAUUAAAGUUGAUUGAAGAGUUGGCGGUGCCUGUAGCAACCAAAAAAAGGAAACUUUGGAACUUGGAUGCAGAAUUACAAUACAGAUGUGCUGAGUUGGCUCUCCAAGAGCAACAGCAACAGCACAAUGAAGACAACCAACAACACGAUUUUCAAUUAGAUCAGAGCUUUGAUAAUGAUUCGAUGGACUUUGACUUGUCAUUACCAGAUUUUAAUGACCAGCAUUCUGAUAAUUUCAGUGAUGCUAGUGUAUUAGACGAAGAAGUCGACGAGGAAGAGGACAAUAAUUACACACAUACGGCACGCGUGACAGAACAAAUUGGACAAGAGUUGAUUGAAUUAUUCCAAUCAUCGAACACUGUUGAAUUUGGAAAGUUGAUUGAAACUGAUUCAGAAAUACACCACAGGAAUCCUGAUAAAUUGCCAUUAGGUGUCGUGAGCAGAAACAAGGAUCGUAUCAACUCUCGAAAGGAAGCCACUAAAUGUUUUUUUGAAUUGUUAGUUCUAGCAAGUAAUGAUUGCGUUUCUAUCAGUCAAACACCACAAGAAACUACAAUUGCAGGUGAUAUCAACAUCACCUCAAAAGACAGAUUAUUUAGUCAAUUUGUAUAG